CGUCAUAUCAAUUCGCUGCUUCUACGUGUUCUCUGGAGCUUGUUCUCACACAAACUCACCCAAUGAGGAACUGGAUUCUCUAGAAUUCGUUCUGAAGAGAAAAAAACUUUAUCUCAACUUCUCUUCUAAAGGCUCGAGAGAAACCUUUUCAUCGUCAGUAUGGUGAAAAUUGCCCAUUGGGUGUCUGCAGCGACACUCGCCGUGGGCGUCUCAGCCGCUGAAGAUGCAUCUUCUGUGUUGACGACUGAAAUCGGCCGUCAAAACAACCAGAGCCUCUUUUGGGGCCCCUACAAAUCCAAUUUGUACUUUGGUGUGCGACCACGAACACCAGAUAGCCUAUGGACAGGGCUCAUGUGGGGGAAAGUCGACAAUUACCAUGAUAUUCAGAAUGGUUUCAGAUAUACCUGCGAGCAGGGGGAAGAUAUGCAUGGCUACGGGUGGGAUGAGUAUGAUGCCCGCAUAGGCGGUGUGCAGUCCAUUCACGACAAGGCCAACAAUAUCGACUUGACGACUACUUUUGUCAAGAUCCCCGGUGGAAAUCAUGGUGGCAGCUGGGCUGCCCGGAUCAAGGGUGAGCUGCGAGACGGUGCCCCGAAAAACACCAGGACUAUGCUAUUCUACUACAUCGCCCAGGAUGGUGAUGGCGAACUUGCUGUUGAGGGUGAAGGUACAGAGUAUGGUUUCGAAGAUGAUGUUACUCUCAAGGGCAGUUCAAAGGCGCUAGGAGACUACAAGCUUCUUAUCACAAAAGGUACCGGAGAGCACCCUUCAACAGACCACAAGUUCCUGGAAGAUCGACAUGGCGACACAACCAUCGUCUCGAGUACCGAAGUCCCAGCCGACCUUACCUGGCAGGGCAAGCCCGUUGUCUUCAAGCAACUCCAAGAUGCCGUUUCGCCCGUGCAGCAGAAUGCUGACCAGGAAAAUCCGCCUCCACCGUGGCAGGUGUACCGUAUUGCCCAUGCGCCUGGAAAAGGCAACGUCCAUGUGGUCGAGAAGACCUUUGAGGGGCCGUUCGAGUUCGAUGUCAUCUUUUCAUCGGGAUCUGGAGGCAAGGAUUUUACUUCUGAGGAGGUUACUGAACAGAUCGAGAAGACAUCAGAAAUCUUCAACGAGCGCUUCACCAACACCUUCAAGCUUAAGGAACCUUUCACAGAGGCAAAGUACAAGAAAUUCGGCAAGAGCAUGCUGUCCAACCUCAUCGGCGGCAUAGGGUACUUCCAUGGUCACCAGCUGAUUGAUCGAUCGUAUGCGCCUGAGUAUGAGGAGCAGAGCGACGGGUUCUGGGAGGAGGCCGCGCAAGCCAAGGCACGCACACAGCCGGAACUCGAGGGCCCCUACGAGCUCUUCACCAGUGUUCCUUCUCGCCCUUUCUUCCCCCGUGGUUUUCUGUGGGAUGAAGGAUUUCAUCUAAUUCCCAUUGCCGAUUGGGAUAUUGACCUCACACUUGAAAUUGUCAAGAGCUGGUACAACACCAUGGACGAAGAUGGCUGGAUCGCUCGCGAACAGAUUCUAGGCCAUGAGGCCAGGAGUAAGGUCCCUCCUGAGUUUCAAGUGCAAUUCCCACAUUAUGCCAACCCCCCCACCCUCUUCCUUAUCAUCGAGGGCUUCAUGGAGCGUCUUCGUGCAUCAAAUGGGACCAAGAGCGAGGCAAAGGAACGCAUUCUUGGGGCCGAUCCUCUACAAACCGCUCACCUCGACAAUAUCGAGCUCGGCGAGAACUAUCUUCGAAAGUUGUACCCCCUGUUGAGACAACAAUAUGACUGGUUCCGCAAAACCCAGCGCGGCGACAUAAAGAAUUAUGACCGUGAGGCAUACUCAACUAAGGAAGCAUACAGAUGGAGGGGUCGCACUGAGACUCACAUCCUCACCAGUGGCCUGGACGACUAUCCUCGACCUCAGCCCCCGUCACCGGGCGAGCUGCAUGUUGAUCUCAUGUCCUGGGUUGGGCUGAUGACAAAGUCGUUGAUGAACAUCGCAGAUGCCCUCAGCAUGGCCGAAGAUGUGAAUGAGUAUAGGAAAAACUUGGAUGGCAUUGAGCGCAACCUCAAUGAUCUCCACUGGUCCGAUAAGGAGGGUUGCUAUUGUGACGCAACAAUCGAUGAUUACGAGGAACACGCACUCGUAUGCCACAAGGGCUACAUUUCCCUGUUCCCUUUUCUGGUCGGCCUGAUGAAGGCUGACGACCCCAAGCUGGGCAAGAUUCUUGAGCUGAUCGGUGACGAGGAGCACCUCUGGAGCCCCCACGGCAUUCGCAGCUUGAGUAAACAGGAUGAGUUCUACGCCACGGGCGAGAACUACUGGCGCAGCCCUGUGUGGAUGCCUAUCAACUACCUAGCUUUGUCUCAACUACAGAACGUUGCCUCGCAGGAAGGCCCCUACAGAGGCAAAGCGAAGGAUCUGUUCAGGCGUCUCCGUAAGAACCUUGUUGACACCGUGUACAAGAGUUGGGAAGAAACUGGCUUCGCCUGGGAGCAGUACAACCCCGACACGGGCGCCGGCCAGCGAACACAGCACUUCACUGGAUGGACUAGUCUCGUUGUCAAGAUCAUGGCCAUGGAAGACCCUAGUCAGGAGGCUCGUGCCAAGGACGAGCUGUGAAUGGGACAGAAUGGAACAAGGCAAUGUAGGACUACUUUGAAAAGGUGUUGUGUGUAUCGCAAUAUGCCAAUUGAAACAUGCCGGCUAUUGGCCAAUGGUUAGUCACAGCCAAGACAUACACCGUAAAACAAUCCCACGGCUCGUACCGCAUCCUCAAGCCAUGCAGGCUUGUGAAGCUUGGGGGCUAAGAGGCUGGGAACAGGGAUCGAAACAUUCUACCACAUUAGGCAAUUCAGGGACAGAGCCUCCAAACUCUGUUUUAUUGAUCCUGUGCGACGGAUGGCUGUGAUUUAAUGCCUGGUGCAGGUGAUGGCUCAAUGGAUGCAGAUCGGUGACUGUGGUAUGUGCGCCAUACGGAUCGGCAGGCUGUCAACGUCUUAGUGGCGUCGGCGGGACUUAUUCAAAUGGCCGAAGGCUGUCGACGAAGUUGAAAAAAGAAAGGGUGUUUGCGUUUAGUCAAUUGAACGUCAGCGGGUUUCUAGCAAUGUCACGAUUCUGCAUCGUUUACCAGUCAUGGCCUACCGGCUUGCUUCCGGGACGAAAGUAGCUGCCGAGACAUAAGCUGCAGAUCCGUAGAUGCAACCAUUCUUAGAAAUACCCAGAAUUGCUUGACGUGCGUUGGGUUGAUAGAUUGUGUAUAUCUUCAACGUGAACAGGCUGCAACCUGUAUUGGUGGAACGUGAGCUUCCACGCCCAGGGGAACUCUCUGAUACACCUGACAGGCGUUGCAAUCCUUCCCGAGACAUGGCUCAGGGGAGUAAGCAGAAACAAAACAGCAGGCAAGGAUCUGGAAAGCUAUAUCCGUAAUGCCUCAGAGGUAGCCGAGACGGCAGAAACAUGGUUCAUGUCUUAGGUCUUAGGUAGAAACAGUAAUACAAGAGCCC